UAGAGGUUAUCUCCAUAGAUAGGUCGUGCAGUGUGUAGGCAAAUGAGAGAUGGACUGUGCACUUCCGAGAAGCGAAGAGACGAAGCAGUGACACUAGCUGUAGUCCCAUUCUCUUUUGGUGAAAUUAAGACAGAUAUCGAGUUGCUGAAUAUAGGCUAACAUAGACAAGCAGAAUAGUUUCACUUCUUUCACCUCUACGCCCGCACACAUAUAAUACGGCAUUGAUGGUAAUGCAUGCAAGGAAACCACCGAGAUUCAGUGAUGGGUGCAGUGACCGAAGGGAUUCGCAAUCCUACCAACAGACCUACAAAUACCCGUUGAAGAACCACCCUGCCACUGAUCAGCGUCAUGAGAAAACAAGAGAUGCAUCAGAUUCCACCCCACCUUGCAAAAUGCUCCGCCGUUCCGAUAGCCAAGACGGCAAACCUACCGAUGUUGUAGCACUUAACAAGGCAAAAGCUGUCCACACACAGCGGCUAAGAGAAAGGGAUGGCGGAACCAGCUACUCCCCACAAGAGAACUCUCUCAGCCACAGCAGCCACCACGGAUCAAACUCCCACUCCCAUCCAAGCAAAGCUUCAGACAUGCCACACGAGCCUGCAGACGACUGGUCUGAGCAUAUCAGCUCCUCGGGGAAGAAGUACUACUACAACUGCAGAACAGAGGUCUCUCAGUGGGAGAAGCCAAAGGACUGGGUGGAGAGGGAGCAAAGACCUAAAGAGGCCUCUAAAUCGACGCCCACUGUCAACAGCUUUCCCAAAGACCGGGACUACAGACGAGAGGCCAUGCAGGGCUCGGCCGCCGGCGCCUUCUCCAGUACCAAGAGUGCUGCAGGUGACAACCCCGCCAGCCAUCCAGCGUCAUCCCAGUCCUCCUCCUCUUCCUCAUCUACAUGCACCUCCUCCAGUGCUGCUCAGGGCAUGAACCCCUCCAGUUCUUCUUCCUCCUCUGCCGCCUCCUCCUCCUCUGUCCCCGCCUCCUCCUCCUCCUCUGCCUCCUCUUCCUCGAGCGGCUCGCUGCCCGUGUCCUCCAGCGCCGCCCUGCUGCAGGACCCGGCUCUGCUCCGGCAGCUGCUGCCCGCGCUGCAGGCCACGCUGCACCUCAACCACGCCAACGUGGACGUGGGCAAGCUCAACGAAGUUCUCACCGCCGCUGUCACACAAGCUUCCUUACAGUCUAUGCUUCAUAAACUUCUCACUGCCGGACCGUCUGCUUUCAACAUCACUACUCUGCUUUCCCAAGCUGCGCAGCUCUCCACACAAGCUCAAACGACAACCCAGUCCCCACUGUCGCUGCCGUCAGAUGCCUCGUCUCCAAGGUCGUACGUGUCCCCGCGGGUCAGCACCCCUCAGACCAAUGCCGUGUCCCUGAAGCCCCCCCUGAGUGUCGCAGGCCUGUCCUCCCAGCCCAAGGUUAACGCGUCGCUGGUGAAGCCAGGAUCUGCCGCACCACAGGCCUUUACCCCUGCUGAGAAAGCCCUGGAAUUAGAGGACCCGCGCCUGCACCGACAGAAUAGUCAGGGCAGCACCUCGCCGGGGUCCAACCAUGUGGCCAGUGGAGCGUCCAUAGGCAGCGGUGGCACUGGAUCGCUGCCCGUCAGCGCGGCCCCUGGCCGGCCCCAGAGCGGCUUCACGCCCUCCCUGGCCACCCACUUCAACGAGAAUCUCAUCAGACACGUGCAGGGCUGGCCGGGGGAACACGUGGAGAAACAGGUGGCCAGGCUGAGGGAGGAGGCCCACACCAUGGGCAACCUGUACAUGUCGGACAUCUGCACCGAGCUGAAGAACCUCAGGUCUUUAGUGCGUGUGUGUGAGAUCCAGGCCACGCUCAGAGAACAGAGGAUUCUCUUCUUAAGACAACAAAUCAAGGAGCUGGAUAAGAUGAAGAAUCAGAACUCCUAUAUGAUUUGAGGGGCCUGAGGGGGUUAGUCACAAAACCAGGCAUUGUGACAACAGAAACAUCUACACACAAACAUAUACUCUCAUACAGACACACACAUACACACAUACACGCCAACACCAACACCAACACACACCCCACACGCCACAGAGCCUGUGAGCUCGGCUUUUCAGUGCUUCUGAGCACUCAAGUCCAGCGGCAGGGGAGAUCUCUUAGUCAAGGCUGCUGAGGCUCUCCCGGAGCAGAGCCAAGAGUUGAGAGGCAGAGAGAGGACCACUGGCGGCCGCCCCAUGGCCCCAAGCUCCGAGCCCCAGUAUCAGCAGGGCAGCCAGCGCACCUGACCCCUCCUCCCCCACCACCCUGCGCUAGAGCCAGGCCGUGACACGCCGGUGUGCUGGGCACUGCCGUGCUGCCUACUGCCCCCUAAUGGUUUUCUCCCCCCAACACAGCAAGUCAGCCAAGCAAAUCCAUGCCUGCUUGCCCCUGCGCUCUCUCUCUCUCUCUCAUUCCGCCCCAACUGAACCUCUUACUUUUGUUCUUUUAUUUGUUUGUUUGUUUGUUUUAACUUCUAAGCUUCAGAGAACUGCCUUGGGGCCAGUGGAAAGUUUCAUUCCUUAUGUACAGUUGCUAACAAGAGUUGAGUUAAUAAAAAGAUAAAAAAAAAAUAAGCAAAACAGAAAAAAAAAAGUUGGAUCUGUGAAGCGUACAGAUCUGGGAUGUUGUAAAAGCAUUUGCACACGUGUAACUGCGUCUGCCGGAGGCAGUGACACAUAAUGCCGCUGGGCCCUUGGUAGAACAAGUCUUGCGAGGUCAUCAGCAUGCGCCAAUGGAGUCGGGGAGGGGAGGCGUUGUGGGUCCAAACAGCUCUGCCUUUGCAUGGAACAUCAAAGAUAUCAUGCACUUUUUUUUUUCUUUUCCUGGGAAGUCAUUAUAAUGUGGGUGUCUCCAGAAAAGUCGGAUCUCAUUUUUUCUAUAUGAUGAGCAGGAGGUAUACGGUCGUGGAACUGUGUGGCGUAAGGGGCUGCUCCGUAUACGUGUCUUGUGUAGUCCCUGCACUCACUGUCUUUCCCCUCCCUCUCGCCUGAUGAGUGCUGUGAUGUCAAGCUCCCACCAGCCACAAUGCAUUAGACUGAUGGAAUGGGAAGAAGGGCAUAGCUUUGUAUAUGGUUUCUUAAAUAUAUAAGAAUAAAAGACUAUUCUAACA